AUGACUGUGAGAUUACAAGGGCAUCCUAUGAAUAUCUCCAAAAUUCAGGCACCGGAGGAAGAAAUCACUGAUUUCUAUGAGAUGGUGCAAGAUGUCGUAGACAGCAUUCCUAAGAAAGAUUUCCUCAUGAUAUUGGGUGACUGGAAUGCCAAGAUUGGUAAAACGAGGGAAAGAUCUGAGUGCAUUGGCAAUUAUGGUCUUGGCAUCGGAAAUGAAAGAGGAGAUCGACUGGAAGAAUUUUGUGUAGCAAACAGCUUCACCAUUGGUAACACGUUGUUUGAGCAUCAUCCCAGAAGACUGUGGACGUGGAUGAGUCCGGGAGACAGAGCCAGAAACCAGAUAGACUACAUCAUGGUCAAGAAGAGGUGGCGAACUUCACUACAGAACGUCAAGACAAGACCAGGUGCUGACUGUGGCAGCGAUCAUCAGCUGCUUAUGGCUAAACUGAGACUAAGAUUAAAAGCUAAGAAAUGUGAUUCAGCUCCCACAAGGUAUGAUGUGGAAAAUAUCCCUUCUCAAUUCUCAGUGGAAGUGAAGAACAAGUUUGAGCUGCUGUUGAGAAACGAUGAAGCAGAGCAAACACCAAAUGAGCUGUGGGAAGACAUGAAAGAAACAGUUGAAAAUGCAGCAAAGAAUCACAUCCCAAAGAAAAGGAAGCGGAAACAACCAUGGAUCUCAAAUCAGACUUUUGACAUUGCUGAUGACAGGAAGAGGGCAAAAGCAAAACGCAAUAGAGGAGAAUGGACGAGACUCAAUAAGGCGGUAACAAGUAGUGUGAAGGAGAACAAAAGGAAAUACAUCGAGGGGAAGUGUGAAGACCUAGAGCGUCACAAGAACAACUCUAAGGCAGCAUUUGCAAUUGUGAAAGAAAUCACAAAGAAAAGAAUCCCAAGACUGGAUGUAAUUAAUGAUGAAAAUGGCAAAACACUGACGGCGAAUGAAGACAUCAAGGAAAGAUGGGUGCAGUAUAGUACCAAGCUGUUUGCUGCACAGGAACAAGUUGACACUCAGUGGGAGGAAAGUGAUGAAAUGGAGCCCCCUCCAUUAAGAUCAGAAGUGGAGCUUGCAAUGAAACAACUGAAGGAUGGCAAGUCCCCUGGCUUUGACAACUUGACUUCCGAGAUGUGGUAG